CUCCAAAUCUGCGUAAAUUCACUGAAAGACAGCUCCUGCGAUUUCGAGAGAUAGAUAUGGAUCUUCGCUCCUCUCUUUUGAUCGGCUUCGCGUACUAAUCGUUGGUAUUUCUCUCAAACGUGAAAAAUGGGACUGUCUUUCGGGAAGCUAUUCAGCCGGCUUUUUGCCAAGAAAGAGAUGCGCAUACUGAUGGUUGGACUUGAUGCCGCUGGUAAAACUACAAUUCUUUACAAGCUGAAGUUGGGAGAGAUUGUCACUACCAUUCCCACCAUAGGUUUCAAUGUUGAGACUGUGGAAUACAAGAACAUCAGUUUCACUGUUUGGGAUGUUGGUGGCCAGGACAAGGUACCAUGCUUUAGUUUUCUUCAAUUUUGUUAUUAUCAACUGUGAAAAAAUGCAUCAAAAGGAUCUUAUCUAGGGCAUCUUGUGUUAU